AUGCUGUUGCAGUGCAGUCUCAUCAGAAAAUCAGAAACAGCUGCGCAGAAGCGGCUGCGCAGGAACAGCUGCGCAGAAGCGGCUGCGCAGAAGCGGCUGCGCAGAAGCGGCUGCGCAGAAGCGGCUGCGCAGAAGCGGCUGCGCAGAAGCGGCUGCGCAGAAGCGGCUGCGCAGAAGCGGCUGCGCAGAAGCGGCUGCGCAGAAGCGGCUGCGCACAAGCGGCUGCGCACAAGCGGCUGCGCAGAAGCGGCUGCGCAGAAGCGGCUGCGCAGAAGCGGCUGCGCAGAAGCGGCUGCGCAGAAGCGGCUGCGCAGAAGCGGCUGCGCAGAAGCGGCUGCGCAGAAGCGGCUGCGCAGAAGCGGCUGCGCAGAAGCGGCUGCGCAGAAGCGGCUGCGCAGAAGCGGCUGCGCAGAAGCGCCUGCGCAGAAGCGGCUGCGCAGAAGCGGCUGCGCAGAAGCGGCUGCGCAGAAACGGCUGCGCAGAAACGGCUGCGCAGAAACGGCUGCGCAGAAACGGCUGCGCAGAAACGGCUGCGCAGAAACGGCUGCGCAGCAGCGGCUGCGCAGAAGCGGCUGCGCAGAAGCGGCUGCGCAGAAGCGGCUGCGCAGAAGCGGCUGCGCAGUAGCGGCUGCGCAGAAGCGGCUGCGCAGAAACAGCUGCGCAGAUGCAGCUGCGCAGAAACAGCUGCGCAGAAACAGCUGCGCAGAAACAGCUGCGCAGAAACGGCUGCGCAGAAGCGGCUGCGCAGAAGCGGCUGCGCAGAAGCGGCUGCGCAGAAGCGGCUGCGCAGAAGCGGCUGCGCAGAUGCAGCUGCGCAGAAACAGCUGCGCAGAAACAGCUGCGCAGAAACAGCUGCGCAGAAACAACUGCGCAGAAGCGGCUGCGCAGAAGCGGCUGCGCAGAAGCGGCUGCGCAGAAGCGGCUGCGCAGAAGCGGCUGCGCGGAAGCGGCUGCGCGGAAGCGGCUGCGCGGAAGCGGCUGCGCGGAAACGGCUGCGCGGAAACGGCUGCGCGGAAACGGCUGCGCGGAAACGGCUGCGCGGAAGCGGCUGCGCGGAAGCGGCUGCGCGGAAGCGGCUGCGCGGAAGCGGCUGCGCAGAAGCGGCUGCGCAGAAGCGGCUGCGCAGAAGCGGCUGCGCAGAAGCGGCUGCGCAGAAACGGCUGCGCAGAAACGGCUGCGCAGAAACGGCUGCGCAGAAACGGCUGCGCAGAAACGGCUGCGCAGAAACGGCUGCGCAGAAACGGCUGCGCAGAAGCGGCUGCGCAGAAGCAGCUGCGCAGAAGCAGCUGCGCAGAAGCAGCUGCGCAGAAGCAGCUGCGCAGAAGCAGCUGCGCAGAAGCAGCUGCGCAGAAGCAGCUGCGCAGAAGCAGCUGCGCAGAAACAGCUGCGCAGGAACAGCUGCGCAGGAACAGCUGCGCAGGAACAGCUGCGCAGGAACAGCUGCGCAGGAACAGCUGCGCAGGAACAGCUGCGCAGGAACAGCUGCGCAGGAACAGCUGCGCAGGAACAGCUGCGCAGAAACAGCUGCGCUGGAACAGCUGCGCAGGAACAGCUGCGCAGGAACAGCUGCGCAGGAACAGCUGCGCAGAAACAGCUGCGCAGAAACAGCUGCGCAGGAACAGCUGCGCAGGAACAGCUGCGCAGGAACAGCUGCGCAGGAACAGCUGCGCAGAAACUGCUGCGCAGAAACUGCUGCGCAGAAACAGCUGCGCAGGAACAGCUGCGCAGGAACAGCUGCGCAGGAACAGCUGCGCAGGAACAGCUGCGCAGAAACAACUGCGCAGAAACAGCUGCGCAGGAACAGCUGCGCAGAAACAGCUGCGCAGAAACAGCUGCGCAGAAACAGCUUCGCAGAAACAGCUGCGCAGAAACAGCUGCGCAGAAACAGCUGCGCAGGAACAGCUGCGCAGGAACAGCUGCGCAGAAACAGCUGCGCAGAAACAGCUGCGCAGGAACAGCUGCGCAGGAACAGCUGCGCAGAAACAGCUGCGCAGGAACAGCUGCGCAGAAACAGCUGCGCAGAAACAGCUGCGCAGAAACAGCUGCGCAGAAACAGCUGCGCAGAAACAGCUGCGCAGAAACAGCUGCGCAGAAACAGCUGCGCAGAAACAGCUGCGCAGGAACAGCUGCGCAGGAACGGCUGCGCAGGAACGGCUGCGCAGAAACGGCUGCGCAGAAACGGCUGCGCAGAAACGGCAGCGCAGAAACGGCUGCGCAGAAACGGCUGCGCAGAAACGGCUGCGCAGAAGCAGCUGCGCAGAAGCAGCUGCGCAGAAGCAGCUGCGCAGAAGCAGCUGCGCGGAAGCAGCUGCGCGGAAGCAGCUGCGCGGAAGCAGCUGCGCGGAAGCAGCUGCGCGGAAGCAGCUGCGCAGAAGCAGCUGCGCAGAAACAGCUGCGCAGAAACAGCUGCGCAGAAACAGCUGCGCAGGAACAGCUGCGCAGGAACAGCUGCGCAGGAACAGCUGCGCAGGAACAGCUGCGCAGGAACAGCUGCGCAGGAACAGCUGCGCAGGAACAGCUGCGCAGGAACAGCUGCGCAGGAACAGCUGCGCAGGAACAGCUGCGCAGGAACAGCUGCGCAGGAACAGCUGCGCAGGAACAGCUGCGCAGGAACAGCUGCGCAGAAACAGCUGCGCAGAAACAGCUGCGCUGGAACAGCUGCGCAGGAACAGCUGCGCAGGAACAGCUGCGCAGGAACAGCUGCGCAGGAACAGCUGCGCAGAAACAGCUGCGCAGGAACAGCUGCGCAGGAACAGCUGCGCAGGAACAGCUGCGCAGGAACAGCUGCGCAGAAACUGCUGCGCAGAAACUGCUGCGCAGAAACAGCUGCGCAGAAACAGCUGCGCAGGAACAGCUGCGCAGGAACAGCUGCGCAGGAACAGCUGCGCAGGAACAGCUGCGCAGGAACAGCUGCGCAGAAACAGCUGCGCAGGAACAGCUGCGCAGAAACAGCUGCGCAGGAACAGCUGCGCAGAAACAGCUGCGCAGGAACAGCUGCGCAGAAACAACUGCGCAGAAACAACUGCGCAGAAACAGCUGCGCAGGAACAGCUGCGCAGAAACAGCUGCGCAGAAACAGCUGCGCAGAAACAGCUUCGCAGAAACAGCUGCGCAGAAACAGCUGCGCAGGAACAGCUGCGCAGGAACAGCUGCGCAGAAACAGCUGCGCAGAAACAGCUGCGCAGGAACAGCUGCGCAGGAACAGCUGCGCAGAAACAGCUGCGCAGGAACAGCUGCGCAGAAACAGCUGCGCAGAAACAGCUGCGCAGAAACAGCUGCGCAGAAACAGCUGCGCAGAAACAGCUGCGCAGAAACAGCUGCGCAGAAACAGCUGCGCAGAAACAGCUGCGCAGGAACAGCUGCGCAGAAACAGCUGCGCAGGAACAGCUGCGCAGGAACAGCUGCGCAGGAACAGCUGCGCAGGAACAGGUGCGCAGGAACAGGUGCGCAGGAACAGGUGCGGAGGAACAGGUGCGCAGGAACAGCUGCGCAGGAACAGGUGCGCAGGAACAGCUGCGCAGGAACAGCUGCGCAGGAACAGCUGCGCAGGAACAGCUGCGCAGAAACUGCUGCGCAGAAACUGCUGCGCAGAAACUGCUGCGCAGAAACAGCUGCGCAGGAACAGCUGCGCAGGAACAGCUGCGCAGAAACUGCUGCGCAGAAACUGCUGCGCAGAAACUGCUGCGCAGAAACUGCUGCGCAGAAACAGCUGCGCAGGAACAGCUGCGCAGGAACAGCUGCGCAGGAACAGCUGCGCAGGAACAGCUGCGCAGAAACAGCUGCGCAGAAACAGCUGCGCAGAAACAGCUGCGCAGGAACAGCUGCGCAGGAACAGCUGCGCAGGAACAGCUGCGCAGGAACAGCUGCGCAGAAACUGCUGCGCAGAAACUGCUGCGCAGAAACUGCUGCGCAGAAACAGCUGCGCAGGAACAGCUGCGCAGGAACAGCUGCGCAGGAACAGCUGCGCAGGAACAGCUGCGCAGGAACAGCUGCGCAGGAACAGCUGCGCAGGAACAGCUGCGCAGAAACAGCUGCGCAGAAACAGCUGCGCAGGAACAGCUGCGCAGAAACAGCUGCGCAGGAACAGCUGCGCAGGAACGGCUGCGCAGAAACGGCUGCGCAGAAACGGCUGCGCAGAAACGGCAGCGCAGAAACGGCUGCGCAGAAACGGCUGCGCAGAAACGGCUGCGCAGAAGCAGCUGCGCAGAAGCAGCUGCGCAGAAGCAGCUGCGCAGAAGCAGCUGCUAGAAGCAGCUGCGCAGAAGCAGCUGCGCAGAAGCAGCUGCGCAGAAGCAGCUGCGCAGAAGCAGCUGCGCAGAAACAGCUGCGCAGAAACAGCUGCGCAGGAACAGCUGCGCAGGAACAGCUGCGCAGGAACAGCUGCGCAGGAACAGCUGCGCAGGAACAGCUGCGCAGGAACAGCUGCGCAGGAACAGCUGCGCAGGAACAGCUGCGCAGGAACAGCUGCGCAGGAACAGCUGCGCAGGAACAGCUGCGCAGGAACAGGUGCGCAGGAACAGCUGCGCAGGAACAGCUGCGCAGGAACAGCUGCGCAGGAACAGCUGCGCAGGAACAGCUGCGCAGAAACAGCUGCGCAGAAACAGCUGCGCAGAAACAGCCGCGCAGAAACAGCCUCGCAGAAACAGCCUCGCAGAAACAGCCGCGCAGAAUCAGCCGCGCAGAAACAGCCGCGCAGGAACAGCCGCGCAGGAACAGCCGCGCAGGAACAGCUGCACAGGAACAGCUGCGCAGGAACAGCUGCGCAGGAACAGCUGCGCAGGAACAGCUGCGCAGGAACAGCUGCGCAGGAACAGCUGCGCAGGAACAGCUGCGCAGAAACAGCGGCGCAGAAACAGCGGCGCAGAAACACUCUAUAGCCUCCGGUUACAGGAGC